AUGAGCUCUCCGAAGACGAUUCUGGUGUUUGAUGUAGAUGGAACACUGACGGCGGCGAGACAGGGAAUCACCGCAGAAAUGCGCGAAUUUCUCGCCGAGACCCGCAAACGCGUUCCGUUGGCUGUUGUAGGCGGUUCGGACUUUAAAAAGAUCACCGAGCAGCUUGCAGGACACGAUAGGGAUCUUUUGCUCUCCUCGUUCGACUACGUCUUCUCAGAAAAUGGCUUGCUGGGAUUCAAGGGCACCGACGCCUUCCCAGUCCAAUCGAUUCAAAAAGCCAUCGGCGAUGAGAAACUUCAGGAGUUGAUCAAUUUUGCCCUCCGCUACAUGUCGGAAAUUCGGCUUCCGAAGAAACGUGGAAAUUUCGUCGAAUUUCGCAAUGGAAUGAUCAAUUUGUCGCCGAUUGGGAGGAGUUGUUCCCAAGAGGAGCGAAUGGAAUUUGUGAAGUUUGAUUCGGAAAAUGGGAUUAGGUUGAAGUUCGCGGAGGAGUUGAAAAAGAAUUUCGGCAAAUGUGGGUUGCAGUUUGCAAUCGGCGGUCAAAUAUCGGUCGACGUCUUUCCUACCGGAUGGGACAAGACAUUCUGCCUACAGUACUUUGAGAACGACUACGAUGUCAUUCACUUCUUUGGUGAUAAGACCGCGCCGGGCGGCAACGACCAUGAGAUUUUUGCCGAUGAGAGAACGAUUGGGCAUACUGUAGAGGGACCGGAGGACACCAGGAAACAAGUGGAGGCGGUGCUGAAUGCAAUUUAA